UUUUUGCAGUAGCAGGGUUCCCCGGGGGAUUGCAGGAGCAGUCCCAGGGGCGGAGGAGUCUGCAGCUCGACCCUGGCAAAGAGGUGGUGAUCACGAGAAGGGCUGGCACACCCGGGGUUCUUCCUGGAAACCAUGGGGGAGCCAAGAGCACACAGGCCUGUGAGUCCAGAGCCACUUGGGAACGGUGAAGUGAUGGCCUAUCACCAUCUCCUUGAGAAGGACAUUGUGAUCCUGUGCACAAAGAGAGGGUUACGCAUGGGGACGUUCACCAAGGCACAGUUAAUAGUGCAGUUGGAGGAGAAGCACCGCUCUGAGGAGCAGAUUCCUGGCCCAGAUGGGGCUACAAGAGGAUCUGAGAGCAGCUGGAGCAUGAGCCAGGCAUCCCCGGGAGUCUGGUCCCCAAUCAGACGAGGGUCUUCACGAUUGGGUUCCCCAUCAGGAGAUUGGAGACGGAUGGGAUGGGAGCAGAGCCCGAGAGAGCGAGAGGACCAUGAGAGAAAGCAACAGCCCGAGGAAAAGCUGCAGGAGAAGCAGCAGCAGCGUGGACUGGUGAUGGUGGAUCAGAGAGACAUAGGGGGCUGCCCAGGGGUCAGUGGGGAAACACGUCUGCAGGGGCGAGACCCUGGGACAGAGAGAACUGUGGUGGUGCAGCCCCAGAUGCUGAGGGACUGUGGGACCUGGGUGAAGUUCCCUGGGGUGAAGCCCCUCGCCCUGCCUAUGGCCCAGAUCCCUGUGCAGACCCAGGAGGGGUUGGGCUAGCUGGUCGUUGGGGUU